GCACUAACUCCUGAAGUUAUUAGGUGCCAUCACCCACCAGUGUCGUGACUGACACCAAUUUCACUCGCUGAUCACCGUUUUCUUGCUCUUUUCGCUCACCAUUUCCUAAAUAUAGAUCAAAUCCUUCGAGAAGAGCUGUUGAAUAUAUCUCAGUACGUUUAUUCCUGAGCUGGAACAAGAUUUAAAGAGAGAUUAAAUAGAUUCAAAGAACUGUUAUAAAUAUCAAGAUUGAGCUAAUUCCCCGAUUCACAACACUAAUUUCAGCGGGGGUUUAACGGAUUCAUCCACCCCGGCUGAGCCCUUCUUGCAAUUUCUUGUUCCCGGUCUGAGCACCAAAUUGCAAUGAACGGCAAAGCUUCUAUCCGUACUCGCAUUUUUACAGAGUACCAUUCCAUUGUCUGAAAAUUACCGAAGCAGGUUCUUGAGGAGGGGGUGUUUUCUUCUAGAUAUUUCUGAAGAGUUUCAAGAAUGACUACGCUUCUUCUGGAGGAAGAAGUGAUUCAGAAUGGGCACAUGGAAGAGAUGGAUGAGUUUGAUUUUUCAAAGUUACCAGAGAGACCAAAAAAUGUGAACAUUGAGAGACAGAGCUCCUUUGAUGAGAGGACAUUGACUUCUCCAUGUGCCCCACUUGAAUCCCUUUACCAUUUUGAUGCUGCCCUUCUGUCACCUUCUCCGAGUAAACCACCCUUUGGGGACAAUCCACCACCAAUGGUUACUGAGGCUUGGGGUAAUUUGAGACAAUCUUUGGUUCAUUUCCGUGGGAAUCCUGUUGGCACCAUUGCAGCUUUGGAUUGCUCUGAUGAGAAGCUCAACUAUGAUCAGGUGUUUGUGAGAGACUUUGUCCCAAGUGCAUUGGCUUUUCUGAUGCACGGCGAACCUGAUAUUGUGAGAAACUUUAUCUUGAAGACACUGCGGCUUCAAUCAUGGGAGAAAAAGAUUGAUCGAUUCCAACUGGCCGAGGGUGUGAUGCCAGCCAGUUUCAAAGUACUGCAUGAUCCAGUGAGGAACACAGAAACGUUAAUGGCAGAUUUUGGUGAGUCGGCAAUAGGAAGAGUGGCUCCUGUUGAUUCUGGUUUCUGGUGGAUCUUUUUAUUGCGGGCAUACACGAAAUCCACUGGCGAUUCUUCAUUGGCAGAUAUGCCUGAAUGCCAGAAGGGCAUGCGUUUGAUACUCAGUCUUUGCCUCUCUGAAGGCUUUGAUACAUUUCCGACUCUUCUCUGUGCUGAUGGUUGCUCUAUGAUUGACCGUAGGAUGGGUGUGUAUGGAUAUCCAAUAGAAAUCCAAGCACUGUUCUACAUGGCUCUAAGAUGUGCACUGCUUUUACUGAAACAAGAUUCAGAAGGGAAGGAUUUUGUGGAAAGGAUAGUGAAGAGACUGCAUGCCUUGAGCUAUCACAUGAGGAGCUACUUCUGGCUUGACUCCAAGCAACUCAAUGACAUAUACCGGUACAAGACCGAGGAGUACUCCCACACUGCAGUCAACAAGUUCAAUGUCAUACCUGACUCUCUACCCGAAUGGAUAUUCGAUUUCAUGCCCAUCCACGGCGGCUACUUCAUUGGCAAUGUAGGCCCUUCCAACAUGGACUUCCGCUGGUUUUGUCUAGGGAACUGCAUUGCUAUCCUGUCGUCCUUGGCAACCCCUGAUCAGGAGUCCAAAAUCAUGGAUCUCAUUGAGUCCCGCUGGUACGAGCUUGUUGGUGAAAUGCCUAUGAAGGUCUGCUAUCCUGCUAUUGAAGGGCACGAGUGGCGGAUCGUAACUGGUUGUGAUCCCAAGAACACCAGAUGGAGCUAUCACAAUGGGGGAUCAUGGCCAGUGCUUUUAUGGCUAUUAACAGCAGCAUGCAUCAAGACGGGGAGGCCGCAGAUUGCAAGGCGGGCGAUUGAGCUGGCGGAAGCGAAGCUGUCUAAAGACGGCUGGCCGGAAUAUUACGACGGGAAGCUGGGCCGGUUCGUGGGGAAGCAGGCGCGGAAGCACCAGACUUGGUCCAUUGCUGGGUACCUGGUGGCCAAGAUGCUGCUUGAAGACCCUACACAUCUGGGGAUGGUGGCCAUGGAAGAUGAUAAGCAUACGAAGCCCGUUUUGAAAAGAUCUACUUCCUGUUGACACGUUUCUUCUCUGAUCAUCGAUUAGCUUUUUAUAACUGAUCUUGAUUACCGUAGUUGUGUGGAUUCCGGGGAUUAUUCUUUCAAAUUUGGUUGGUUGACUUAGGGUUUGCAAAUAAGAAAUUUAAUUUGUUGCAUGUUAGUUACCAUUUUGUCUCAUUUCAUUGCUCCUCUCCC